CAAAAACAGCGGGGACGCACAUGCUCCAACCAGCCACUUCGUUGGGUCCGGCUUUUGGAGUAUUUCCAACGACGUUGCUUCUCGAGGCGACUGUGAUACGUUGUACGUCCAACAAGGGGCCCUUCUCUGUCAAGUGUAAAUGCCAUGCAUCUGCAAUAGGAACAGCGCAACCUCACUGCAUCAGCAGCCAAGCACGCUUAUAAACAAGCUCACCUAAACAAGCUCACCAUGUCCACUGCGGACGACCCGAUGCCAUUGGCGUCUCUCUCCCUCACCCACGUCCACUAUGACCCAAGAGACAAUAUCUCGUACCUAUGCGCCUGGCUAGCCCUGAUCCCGCAGGGCCUCUGCGUCGUCUACGCAACCCUGAUCUGGUCGACCCGCGAAAUCGAGAUCGCGCUUCUCUUCGCCGGCCAGCUCGCCUGCGAGGCCCUCAACUUCGCGCUCAAGCGCUUCAUCAAGGAGGAACGCCCUCCUCUCAUGAACGGCAAGGGUUACGGUAUGCCCAGUAGCCAUGCCCAGUUCGUCUCCUACUUCGCCGUGUCCAUGGCGCUGUUCCUACUCUUCCGCCACCAGCCUGAGAACGCUGGCGUCAAGCGACGCAACCACAAACCCAUGACGAUGCUGGAGCGUGCCGUAUGGAGUGUGCUGGGAUUAGGAAUGGCCGCCACCGUCGCUUGGAGUAGGAUAUAUCUCAAUUACCAUACCGAAAAGCAGGUUCUAGUUGGUUGUAUGGCGGGGACGGCGAGUGCGGUCGCGUGGUUCCUCUUCACGACUGCUAUCCGCAGGACGGGAUGGCUGACAUGGGCGGUCGACCACCCAGUCGCUCGCUUUCUGCGUGUCAGAGACCUGGUUGUGGAGGAAGAUCUAUGCCAAGCCGGUUGGGAGAAAUGGGAUGACAGAAUGAUGGCUCUGAAGGGACGGGAAGAGAAGAAAGUUCACUGAGGUGUCUUGAUCGACUACUGAAGGAGGUUUCCGCGACCUGUUGUGUACCUUGCAUUGAGUUGGAGUUGGUGUGGGUUGGAAGCAUGAAGCAUGGUUCUACUGCAUUAAAUUAGGUUUUGAUUUCACACUAUGUUUUUGGUAGUCUGCAAUUAGCCUGAAAACCUGUAGGAUAGUUCGACACGUGCCCUACUACUGGGUCUGUUAGUGAAUUCAAAUCCAUGCCAACGAAAUUUGGC